AUGGGCAUCUCCAGUGUCUUGUCUGGUUUAUGUUCGUUUUGUUUUCUUUCUCUUUCUCCCUUCUUUCCUGCAUUGCUAUCUUCCGGGCCCCACGCUCUCUUCUUCCUUGAUGUCCUACUCUCUCUGAUCCAAAGAUCAGCCAGUAAAAAGCAGUCUCACCUGUCCAGGUUAAGUAGCCUGUCUGCUCUGGGAGAUUCCGCACCUGAGCGCAAGUCCCCUUCCCACCACCGCCAGCCCUCUGACACCUCAGAGACAACAGGUCUUGUUCAACGCUGUGUCAUCAUCCAAAAGGACCAGCAUGGCUUCGGCUUCACAGUCAGUGGGGAUCGCAUUGUUCUGGUGCAAUCUGUGCGGCCUGGAGGUGCAGCCAUGAAAGCUGGUGUGAAAGAGGGCGACCGGAUCAUCAAAGUCAACGGCACCAUGGUGACCAACAGCUCACACCUGGAGGUGGUAAAGCUUAUUAAAUCUGGCGCCUAUGUGGCACUGACCCUCCUGGGCUCUUCACCUUCAUCUGUUAGUGUCUCUGGGCUCCAACAGGAACCAUUCCUGACAGGAGCUCCCCGAGUCAUCCCUGUGAUCCCACCACCUCCACCUCCACCUCUGCCACCUCCACAGCGCAUCACAGGACCCAAACCUCUGCAGGAUCCUGAAGUUCAAAAACAUGCCACCCAGAUCCUCAGGAAUAUGCUGAGGCAAGAGGAAAAAGAGUUACAGCGUAUCUGUGAGGUGUAUAGCCGGAACCCCGCCAGCCUGCUGGAAGAGCAAAUCGAAGGUGCCCGGCGGCGUGUGUCUCAGUUACAGCUGAAGAUCCAGCAGGAGACUGGUGGCUUAGUGGACAUACUUCCACCCUGUGGUGACACCAGCCAGAGACCAUCAGAAGGUCGUCUCUCUCUGGAUUCCCAGGAGGCAGACAGUGGCUUGGACUCUGGAACAGAGCGCUUCCCCUCCCUCAGUGAGUCAUUGAUGAAUCGGAAUUCGGUACCAUCAGAUCCUGGACUAGACAGUCCUCGAACCUCCCCUGUGAUCAUGGCCAGGGUGGCCCACCACCAUAGACGGCAGGGCUCAGACGUACCCAUCCCUUCAUCUAGUGAUCAGGGUAUAGAUCAAAGCCCGAAGCCUUUAAUUAUUGGCCCAGAGGAAGAUUACGAUCCUGGUUAUUUCAACAACGAGAGUGACAUUGUCUUCCAAGAUCUCGAAAAACUGAGGUCACGUCCAGCUCACCUGGCAGUUUUUCUUCGAUACAUCUUCUCUCAGGCAGACCCCAGUCCACUGCUUUUUUACUUGUGUGCCGAAGUUUAUCAGCAGACAAAUCCCAAGGAUUCCCGAAGCUUGGGAAAAGACAUCUGGAAUAUUUUCCUAGAGAAAAAUGCGCCUCUCAGAGUGAAGAUCCCUGACAUGUUACAGGCUGAAAUUGACCUGCGUCUGCGGAAUGGUGAAGACGUCCGGGGCAUUCUAUGUGAGGCUCAGGAGGCAGCCAUGCCUGAGAUCCAGGAGCAGAUCCACGACUACAGAACCAAGCGCACUCUGGGGCUGGGCAGCCUGUAUGGUGAAAAUGACCUGCUAGACCUGGAUGGGGACCCUCUGCGAGAGCGCCAAAUAGCCGAGAAGCAGCUGGCUGCCCUCGGAGAUAUAUUGUCUAAGUAUGAGGAAGACAGGAGUGCCCCCAUGGACUUUGCCCUCAAUACUUACAUGAGCCAUGCUGGGAUCCGGCUUCGGGAGGCAAGACCCUCCAACACAAUCGAAAAGGCCCAGUCUGCUCCUGACAAGGACAAGUGGCUGCCUUUCUUCCCUAAGACCAAGAAGAGCAGCAAUUCCAAGAAAGAAAAGGAUGCCUUGGAGGACAAGAAGCGAAAUCCCAUCCUCAAAUACAUUGGGAAGCCCAAAAGCUCUUCUCAGAGCACAUUUCAUAUUCCCUUGUCCCCUGUGGAAGUCAAGCCAGGCAAUGUGAGGAACAUCAUUCAGCACUUUGAGAACAGCCAGCAGUACGAUGCCCCAGAACCGGGGACACAGCGACUCUCAACAGGAAGCUUUCCAGAGGACCUGCUGGAGAGUGACAGUUCACGCUCAGAGAUUCGCCUAGGCCGCUCGGAGAGCCUUAAGGGCCGGGAAGAGAUGAAACGGUCUCGGAAAGCAGAGAAUGUGCCCCGCUCUCGAAGUGAUGUUGACAUGGAUGCAGCUGCUGAAGCCACUCGCCUCCACCAGUCAGCCUCGUCUUCUGCCUCCAGCCUCUCCACCAGGUCUCUUGAGAACCCAACCCCUCCCUUUACCCCCAAAAUGGGCCGCAGGAGCAUCGAGUCCCCCAGCCUGGGCUUCUGCACAGAUGCCCUCCUUCCCCACCUUUUAGAGGAUGAUCUGGGCCAAUUGUCUGACCUGGAGCCAGAGCCAGAUGCUCAGAACUGGCAGCAUACAGUGGGCAAGGACGUGGUAGCUGGGCUGACCCAGAGGGAGAUCGACCGACAGGAGGUCAUCAAUGAACUGUUUGUGACUGAAGCUUCUCACCUGCGCACACUCCGGGUCCUGGACCUCAUCUUCUACCAGAGAAUGAAGAAGGAGAAUCUGAUGCCCCGGGAAGAGCUGGCCCGGCUCUUCCCUAACCUGCCUGAACUCAUAGAGAUCCACAAUUCCCUGUGUGAAGCCAUGAAGAAGCUUCGGGAUGAGGGCCCCAUCAUCAAAGAGAUCGGUGACCUCAUGCUAGCUCGGUUUGAUGGUCCUGCCCAAGAGGAACUCCAGCAAGUGGCUGCACAGUUCUGUUCCUAUCAGUCAAUAGCUCUAGAGUUGAUCAAAACCAAACAGCGCAAAGAGAGCCGAUUCCAGCUCUUCAUGCAGGAAGCUGAGAGCCACCCUCAGUGCCGGAGGCUGCAGCUCAGAGACCUCAUCAUCUCCGAGAUGCAGCGACUCACCAAGUACCCACUGCUGCUGGAAAACAUCAUCAAGCACACAGAGGGUGGCACACCUGAGUAUGAGAAGCUCUGCCGGGCUCGAGACCAUUGCCGGGAGAUUCUCAAGUUCGUGAAUGAAGCGGUGAAGCAGACAGAGAACCGGCACCGGUUAGAGGGCUACCAAAAACGCCUGGAUGCCACCGCCUUGGAGAGGGCCAGCAACCCUCUGGCAGCAGAGUUCAAGAGCCUGGAUCUUACAACCAGGAAGAUGAUCCAUGAGGGGCCCCUGACCUGGAGGAUUAGCAAGGAUAAGACUUUGGACCUCCAUGUGCUGCUGCUGGAGGACCUACUGGUGCUGCUGCAGAGACAGGACGAGAGGCUGCUACUUAAGUGCCACAGCAAGACAGCCGUGGGCUCCUCAGACAGCAAGCAGACCUUCAGCCCCGUGCUCAAGCUCAACGCUGUGCUCAUUCGCUCAGUGGCCACAGAUAAACGGGCCUUCUUCAUCAUCUGCACCUCCGAACUGGGCCCUCCUCAGAUCUAUGAGCUGGUCGCGUUGACGUCAUCAGACAAGAACACAUGGAUGGAGCUCUUAGAAGAGGCCGUGCGGAACGCCACCAGGCACCCUGGAGCUGCCCCAACACCCACCCAUCCCCCACCCCGGGGCCCUCAGGAGCCAGCGGCCCCCUGCAGGGUAGUACUGGAUGAUUCAGAAGUGUUCCAUAGCGAGCCAGAACCCGAGGAGCUCCCUGGAGGCACUGGAUCCCAUCAGAGAGUCCAGGGGAAGCAGCCCAGGCCACCAGAGGAUCCCGAGCAGGAGAGCAGUACAGAGGAAGAGGAGCCGGGUGCCAUGCCUCACCUUCCUGCAUCCCUGGAUGGAAGGAAAAGGGACCCCAUCCAGCUGUCCCUCCCAGGCCCUCUGUUCAUAGAAGGGCUCGCUGAUUCAGCCUUGGAAGAUGUGGAGAACCUGCGGCGCCUGAUCCUGUGGAGUCUGCUGCCAGGACACACUGUGGACACUCCAGCUGUUGGGGAGCCCGAAGAUGACCUGACGCCUACCCCUUCUGUCAUCAGCAUCACCUCUCACCCCUGGGACCCAGGCUCCCCAGGACAGGCUCCUGCUGGGGAUGAUGGAGACAAUACCCAGCUUCCGGGGCAGGAAGGGGCCCAGGCAGAGCAAAAAGACACAGCGCUCUGUUCUCUGGCACACCUGCCCCCAAGGACCAGAAACUUUGGCAUCUGGGAGUCUCCUGAGCUGGAUAGGAGUCCACCUGAAGAGGCUCCAGGCACAGAGGCAGCAGGAAGUUACAAAGUUGUAAGAAAAGCUGAGGUGGCAGGCAGCAAGGUUGUCCCUGCACUACCAGAGAGUGGCCAGUCCAAGCCUGAGCCACCUGAAGUGGAAGGCGCAUCACAGGCUACGGGGAACUGUUUUUAUGUCAGCAUGCCAGCAGGACCCCUGGACUCCAGCACUGACUCUUCCGGGGCGCCCACAAGCCCCUCCCAGCCUGAUCGCCACCCUGGCCUGCAGACACAGCCUCAGCCCCAGCUGCAGGGAAGCAGUGGAGACCAAAGACGCUCUAGCCGCUCUCCCCCUAGCCUGGCCCUCAGGGACGUGGGCAGGAUCUUCCGCACCAUUGAGCAGCUCACCCACAAGCUCAACAGGCUCAAGGACAUGGAACUGGCCCACAGAGAGCUACUGAAGUCCCUUGGAGGAGAGUCAUCUGGUGGCACCACACCUGUGGGCAGUUUCCACACAGAGGCAGCCAGGUGGACAGACAGCUCCCUCUCACCUCCAGCCAAGGAAGCCCUGGCCUCCGACUCCCAGAACAGCCAUGAACCAGGGUCCUGCCCUGAGGACGGCUUUGACGCCCCGCUGGACGAUAGCGCCACAGACACAUCACCUGGACUGUAGCCCUCCAGCCUCCUGUGGAAAAGGCCAUCGAGGAACCGGAUCAGCCGAGGCCUGGGGGGCUGCAUGUUGCUUGGUCUGCUCAGAACGGACUCAAGUUCCAGUGUCUUUUCCCUCCCUUUAGCCCACCCCUCCGAGGCCUUUGUCUCCUGAGCAUGCUGACCGCUUCUGAAAGACCCCCGCUCAGAGUACGGGCGAGAGGAGGGGAGGAGGCUGCUGUAUGAAUGCACUUUCUCCCUCCCCUCUCCACAGGCCCCCCCAGUGAGCAGGGCGCCUACCCCUCCUCUUUGUCACUUUGGUUUCUUAUAAAUAUGUAUGUAUUGUAUGUGCAUCUUUGCUGUUGUAAAUAA